CGACCGAAAACCGAGGAGGACCGCCGGAAUGUUCAAGCUGCUCGCGAUCUUCGCCCUAGUGGCAAUGGCCACCGGGAGCCCCAUCAACCAAUCGGAGGGCGCGAUCGACCUCAGGAUGGACGGUCGCAUAGUAGGCGGCGAGGACGCGACGAUCCAGCAGGCCCCGUACCAGGUGAGCCUGCAGUCGAACGGCAGACACUUCUGCGGCGGCAGCAUAAUCGGCAAGCACUGGGUGCUGACCGCCGGCCACUGCGUCGGCGCCAAGGCCAGCUCGUACAGGAUCCGCUCGGGUUCGACCAAGGUGAACGGCGGCUCGGUGCACCGGGUGCACCAGGUCAUCAGGCACAAGCAAUACGGCAGCAACAAGCACGGCGUCCCGACCCACGACAUCGCGCUGCUGCGUCUGGUCGACUCGGACGGGUUCGAGUUCAACUCUGGCCGCAAAGCGGUGAACCUGUUCGACGGCAGCUCCCCGUCGCUGGUCGGCAAGUACGGGCUGGUGACCGGCUGGGGUCAGACCAAGUCGGGCACCCCCACGACGCUGCAGAAGGUCAAGGUGCCCCUGAUCUCGCACAAACAGUGCAGCGACGCGUACAAGACCUCGGGCGGCGUGCCCGAGGGAGAGCUCUGCGCGGGCUACACCGCCGGAGGCAAGGACUCCUGCCAGGGCGACUCCGGCGGCCCCCUGGCCGUCGACGGCAAGCUCGUCGGAAUCGUCUCCUGGGGCAAAGGGUGCGGCACGCCGAACUACCCGGGCGUCUACACCGACGUGUCCCACUAUCGCCAAUGGAUCAGACAGAACAGCGGACAUAUCAAUCCAACAACUCGAAGCAACAUGUUCUUCCAAGCGAGCCUUCUCUCAGUCCUGGCCCUCGCGGCGGCGAAUCCUCUCGGCAAGCUGCCGGCUCUGAACCCGCUGUCGCCGAGCGGGCAGAUAGUGGGCGGCGUGGACGUCAGCAUCGAGGAGGUGCCGCACCAGGUGCUGCUGCAGAGCUCCGGCUUCGGCUUCUGCGGCGGCAGCAUAAUCGGCGAGGAGUGGGUGAUCACGGCCGGCCACUGCAUGGUCUACCCUCCCGAGUGGAUCACCGUGCUGGCCGGGACCAACACGAAGUCGUCCGGGGGCAGCGAGCACAAGGUCGAGGUGGUCCACGUCCACGAGAACUACGACACCAACUGGUACGGCGUCCCGUUGAACGACGUGGCGGUGAUGAAAGUGAGCACGCCCUUCAAGCUCGACAAGACCAGGCAGCCGAUCAAGAUCUUCAAGCAGGACGAGGAGAGCGUCGCCGGGGUCGGCGCGACCGUGACCGGAUGGGGCGCGGUCAGGGAGGGCGGCAUGACCCACGAGGUCCUCCAGAAGGUGAACGUGCCCAUCGUCUCGAAGAGCUCCUGCAACGACGCCUACCAGUCUUAUGGGGGUCUGCCCGCCGGCCAGAUCUGCGCCGCCGUUCCCGAGGGAGGCAAGGACGCCUGCCAGGGUGACUCCGGCGGCCCCCUGACCAUCGGCGGCCGACUCGCUGGACUCGUGUCAUGGGGUUACGGCUGUGCCAGGCGAGGGUACCCGGGAGUUCACACGGAAGUCGCCGCGUACAGCGACUGGGUCGCCUCCAAGACGGGACUCAAGUUCUAA